AAGAGCCCACUUCUUGUCCCCCCCCACACUAGUCCUUGUCUGUUUCUUUCUAUUAUUACUAACUAACCACUCUUUCUUCUCAGAUAAGCACUUCAUUCAUGUGACUGCAUUCACACACUGCACUUAAAAUAUAGAUUAAGGCUGUGUGUGUGUGUGUGUGUGAGAGAGAGAGAGAGAGAGAAGGGGUUGGGUUGAAGGAAAAGGGGUUGAGGAGGAGAGAAGGAUGUGGAGGUCCUCCAUUUCCUUGCAAAGAUGGCAGCUUUUCAUCCUUGUGGGAGUUGCUGGUUUAUGUGUUUCUGCUGAUCAUAAUAAGGAUCCAUUUGCAAUUCGUAUUAGUUGUGGAGCUCGUCGUAAUGUUCACACACCUCCUACGGAUACCCUGUGGUUCAGGGAUUUUGGUUAUACUGGUGGAAGACUCGCAAAUGCUUCUAAAACAAGUUAUACAACGCCGGAGCUUGAAACACUUCGCUAUUUUCCUCUCUCUGAUGGUCCUGAAAAUUGCUAUAUUAUCAAUAGGAUUCCUCGAGGACGACACUAUCUAGUGAGGCUUUUCUUUGCUAUAGUUAAGGAUCCUGCUGUUGAUAGUGAGCCUUUGUUUGACAUUUCUAUUGAGGGAACUCAAAUUUAUUCUUUGCAACCUGGUUGGAGUACUGUUGAGGAACAAUCAUUUGUCGAGGCAUUAGUGUUCGUCACUGGUACAUCGAUUGCUAUCUGCUUCCAUAGCACUGGUCAUGGAGACCCAUCCGUCCUUUCUAUUGAAAUUCUUCAAGUUGAUGACAAUGCAUAUUCUUUUGAUCCAACUCACGGAAAGGGUACCGUACUCAGAACUGCUAAAAGAUUGACAUGUGGUACUGGGAAACCAGCCUUUGAUGAAGAUUAUGAUGGAGAUCACUGGGGUGGAGACAGAUUCUGGUUAGGAGUUAAAACUUUUGACCAAGGCUCUGAUAUGGCAAUUUCAACAGAGAGUAAGAUCAUUCAAGCGUCGGUUCCACCAAACUUUUACCCGCAAAGACUGUAUCAAUCGGCAAUUGUUAGCAAUGACAGGCAACCAGAAAUAUCAUUUCAGAUGGAGGUGGACCCGAACAAAAAUUAUUCAAUCUGGCUUCACUUUGCUGAGAUAGAUCCCAGGAUCACCAAACAAGGACAAAGAGUCUUUGACAUAUUGUUUAACGGUGAUCUUAAAUUUAAUGAUGUGGAUGUCAUUCAGAUGGCAGGAAAACAAUUUGCUGCUCUUGUUCUCAAUCAAACUAUUGCUAUGACUGGGAGGACCCUGACAGUGACCUUACGUCCAGCAAACGGAAGUCACGCAAUCAUUAACGCAAUUGAAGUCUUUGAGGUGAUUACCACAGAGUUCAAAACCUCAGCAGAAGAAGUUACUGCUUUACAAAGCUUGAGGAGUGCACUGGGGCUUCCUCUUCGUUUUGGCUGGAAUGGUGACCCAUGUGUUCCCCAGCAACAUCCUUGGAGUGGAGUGGAUUGCCAGUUUGACAGCCAAAGCAGCAGAUGGGUCAUCGAUGGACUAGGUCUGGAUAAUCAAGGAUUGAGAGGCUUCUUGCCUAGCGACAUAUCUAAGCUUCAACAUUUACAGAGCAUAAACUUGAGCGAGAACAGCAUUCAUGGGACGAUACCAUCGGCUCUUGGUACUCUCACAAAAUUAGAGACAUUAGAUCUCUCAUACAAUGAGCUCAAUGGUUCAAUUCCUGAGAGUCUAGGCCGGUUGACAGCAUUACAGAUACUGAAUCUCAACGGAAACUUGCUUUCAGGAAGAGUUCCAGCCAAUCUUGGAGGACGGCCUCUUCACCGAGCUAGUUUCAACUUUACCGGCAAUGCAGGUUUGUGUGGCAUCCCCGGCUUACUGUCAUGUGGGCCUCACCUCUCAAUUGCUGCUAAGGUUGGGAUUGCACUCGGAGCAUUGUUCGCAUUUGUACUGCUGCUCGUGUGUAUGACAUGCUGGUGGAAGCGAAGGCAAAACAUACUCCGGGCUCAAAGAAUUGCUGCGUCUAGAGAAGCUCCGUAUGCAAAAGCUCGGACGAACUUUGCUCGCGAUGUGCAAAUGACGAGAAAUCAGCACGGCCAAGACCAGUCCAGAAAUGCCACGGAGGGCGGCCCGAGUUUACUCACCUGAUGGAACAACAUCAUUCCAAUGCUGAAAACAAGAACAAAAUUUUGACAUUAUUGAUGUCCAUGUCUCGACGAAUCUUGAUGACAUAAUUUGUACAUAAACAAACUGUCGGAAAAUUUCUCAUGGUCUUCAUUUUAAAAUGUUCCAAGUCUGUGCUGAUUACAACACAUGUAAACAAGAUAAACAAAAUUGCGGAAAUUAGACGAUGAGGCAUGAUAUUUCAUCAUUCAUGGGCAGGUCCAGUUUCUUCUGUUUA